AAUUAACACGCACGCACGCACACCCUCUCUCUCUCUCUCUCUCUCCAUUUCGCCCUAUAAAACCACUCCUACUUGCUUUCUUCCCCUCAGACAUUGUCUCUCUCUUUUUCUCUUCCACCUUCACAAAGAUUUUUAAUUACAACAACACCAAUGGCUCCAAGAGACAACAGACCCACUGCGCUUGCUGGGCCCGCCCCAGGCCCAACACCGCCCCACGCCACCGCCAAAGAGAUCCGCUACAGAGGCGUCAGGAAACGCCCCUGGGGACGCUACGCCGCCGAGAUCCGCGACCCGGGCAAGAAAACACGUGUCUGGCUCGGCACCUUCGACACCGCCGAGGAAGCUGCGCGCGCCUACGACACCGCCGCGCGUCAGUUUCGCGGCGCCAAGGCCAAGACCAAUUUCCCCACUCCUUCCGAACUCGUUAACAACGCGCGUAGUCCCAGCCAGAGCAGCACGCUCGACUCCUCCUCCUCCCCUCCGCCGCCGCUCGACCUCACCCUCACGCCGCUCUCCGCCGCCGCCGCCGCCCUCUCCUUCCCCGUCUCUCGUCCCGUCCUCUUCUUCGACGCCUUCGCCCGCGCCGAAAACGUGAUGAACAUCCCCCGCCGCGAGACCUGCGGGUUUGAGCGUCCGGCGGCGGAAUUCCGCCGCGUCGAUUCCGAUUCUUCGUCCGCCGCUCAGCGGCGCGGACUCUUGGAUCUCGACCUGAACGUUCCUCCCCUCCCGGAGGUUGCCUGAUUCGUCGAUCUGGUUUUUGGUUUCUCAAUUUUUCGCGCUUUUUGAAGCAUCUCGUAGUGCUACCAUUUUGGAAGAGGGAAAAAAAAUGGAAUCUCCAGUGAGUAGUUGACACGAUGCUCGGAUUGGUUGAAGAUAAUUAGAUAACCGGCACGUUAUGUAAAUAUGCUUAUAACCGAAAGCAAACGUGGUUUUUGCUUUUUCAGUGUUUUUUGCAACUGAGAACUUAUUCAGAGUAUCUCCCGUUGUUUCUGCAAUUUCCUCAAAAUUAAAUAUAUAAAUACUUACUGGCAUUUCUAUCUAUCAUGUUCA